UCUUCAGUAUGAGAGUAGCACGAGAGUCGAACUGAGCAGGUCCGUGUUUCGUCCGUUCGUCCGCCGUCGUCGCGAAGAAAUCUAUCUGUAAGCCCUGUGGAGGUGCAGAGUGAAAUCUACAUCUGCUGGCACACACAUUGAAUUUUGUUUUAUGUCGUUUCGCUGCCAGUUGAAAAAUUGUGUGUAUCCAAUUCGUCACCGUCGUCAUCAACAUCUAUAUGUGAUAUGCUUGCGUGUGCCAGCUAAGCGUUUUCGUCCUUAGUGCAUACAAUUCUUCAGUGAAUCUCUGUUCAUCGCUUUAAGCGCCAUUAAAGCACCUUCGGAUAAUAGUUUUUGCACAAAAUACUCAUGGAUAUAAGUACGUGACCCCAUAUGUAGACAACAGGCCCUGCCAGUCGUCGAAUAGGAGUAACUGUGAGGAAAUUAUGGCCCAAGGCAAUUACUCUGCGUGGCGACACAUCGAAUAGGUUGAGGUGACGGAUGUGUGUAUGAAAUGAAGCAAAAGGAAAAAUGAAUGAAAUAUCAAAUUUCAAGCUGCCUGUGUGCUACUAUAAACGUAGUUAUAUGUUCAAGUGACGGGGCCGCAGGGAGCAGUAAGUGAGCGAAAAAAUAGUGCGAAACAAUGAGCGCCACAAUUGCUAGCACGAUGAUGAAGAAAAGUGAAAAUUCAUUAAAUGGAAUUCGCAUGCUAAAUCGUUUUUACGGGCAAAAUCUGUGCAGCUAGCUAAUGCUUUUGGCGUAAAUAGUGAAUCCCCUUCUCCUUUAUGUGUUUUUGCGAGUUCAAAUCUUCCCCACCAUUGCGUAUCUCACGCAUCACCAUCAUUCGUCGUAUCGCUCUACAGGCAAGGUGCAUUGUAAAUCUGUUUGAAUCAAUUUACAAGCAUAUUUUGUAAUCAAUCGGAAAAAAGAAGUUAUCACACGGAAAAUCCAAGGGAAGGAAAGUGGAAGUAUAGAAAAAACAAAAAGGAGAAACACAAUUCCAUCACACAUAUACACGCAUCUCUAAGUCGCUGUACAGAUCUAUAUAUAGCAACCGCAUAAACAUGUAUUCAACUGCUGCCAUAUUUGGAUAUAAAACAUCGGGUAUCUCGCUCGCGCUUCUGCUAACAGCAUUGAUUUCCACGCUGAUACAGAUUUGUCUGGGUGCCGAUCUUGUGAUAGAAAUUCCCGGGAAUCUCGGUCAAGAUGGUUCGUACUACCGUCUCGACUAUUACCCACCGGUUGGAAACCCAGCGCCGAACGCAACGAUCGCGUCUCGAGACGUCGGCGACGAGAUUCAGUUCUCCAACGGACUACCCGGAACGAGGUACAACUUCUGGCUGUACUAUACCAAUUCGACACACCAUGACUGGCUCACGUGGACUGUGUCGAUAACGACGGCGCCAGAUCCACCGUCAAACCUAUCGGUUGCGGUACGGUCUGGUAAGAAUGCCAUCAUCAACUGGAGUCCGCCAUCUCAGGGCAACUACUCGGCCUUCAAGCUGAAAAUCCUCGGCCUGUCGGACAGCUUUGCCACUAAUCAGACGAUUGCCGUCGAAGAUAAUCAAUUCCAACAUGUGCUCAGAGAUCUGACACCGGGUGCGACCUAUCAGGUUCAAGCCUACACCGUUUUCGAUGGCAAAGAAUCAGUUGCCUACACUAGUCGCAACUUCACAACAAAACGUUAUCGGCAUAAAGAUCUGUUGGACAUAAAGAUUCUGCGAGAGCCCAACACGCCGGGGAAAUUCAUUGUGUGGUUCCGUAAUGAAACCACUCUGCUGGUACUGUGGCAGCCACCGUACCCCGCUGGAAUAUACACGCACUACAAAGUAUCCAUCGAGCCACCGGAUGCCUUGGGUAGUGUGCUGUAUGUUCAAAAGGAAGGCGAACCUCCCGGACCUGCACAGGCAGCCUUCAAGGGACUUGUGCCCGGUCGGGCCUACAACAUCUCGGUGCAGACAAUGUCCGAGGAUGAAAUCUCUCUUCCUACUACGGCGCAGUACAGAACGGUACCGCUGAGGCCACUCAACGUCACUUUCGACAAGAAAACAAUCACAGAGAACGCUUUCAAAGUCAUGUGGGAAGCUCCCAAAGGUAUUAGCGAAUUUGACAAAUAUCAGGUCUCAGUGGCAGCAGCGCGACGCCAAGUUCAGGUGAUGCGCAAUGACAAUGAAAAUAUGGCAUGGUUAGAAUUCAAAGACAGCUUAGAGCCUGGUAAAACAUAUCAGGUGGUCGUGAAGACCUUAUCUGGAAAGGUCACGUCAUGGCCCGCAACGGGUGAAGUCACUCUCAAACCAUUGCCAGUAAAGAAUCUCUACUCUUACACUGACAGUAAAACAGGAGUAAUAACAAUUACAUGGAGCCCAGACGAAGCUAGUACUCAAGACGAAUACAAAAUCACCUAUCAUGAACUGGGCACAAUCAAUGGUGAUUCAAGCACCAUGAAUACGGAUAAGACCACCUUUGCGCUUGAAUCACUACUACCUGGUCGAAAUUAUUCCAUAACUGUGCAAGCGAUUUCCAAAAAGAUGGAAUCAAACGAAACGACAAUCUACGAAGUCACAAGGCCUUCGUCACCAAUCAUAGAGGAUCUUAAAUCUAUCCGCGAAGGAUUGAACAUUAGUUGGAAGAGCGAUGUAAACUCACGCCAGGAAAAAUACGAGGUUACCUACACUCGCAACGAUACCAACGAUGGCAAAACUGUACUUACCACCGAAUCUAGGCUAGUCUUUACAAAUCUCUACCCUGGGGCUGGCUACGAAGUCAAAGUGUUCGCCGUGAGUCACGGACUCAGAAGCGAACCGCACUCAUACUUCCAAGCAGUUUAUCCAAACCCACCGCGCAACAUGACAAUCGAGAAAGUAACUAGUAAUUCCGUCCUGGUGCACUGGAAACCACCGGAACGAUCCGAAUUCACCGAAUAUUCCAUCCGCUAUCGCACCGAGAGCGAAAAACAAUGGAUUCGACUGCCAUCGGUAAAGGCAACCGAAGCGGACGUGACGGAUAUGACCCCGGGUGAGAAAUACACCAUCCAGGUCAAUACCGUCAGCUAUGGAGUGGAAAGCCCGAACCCCCAGCAGGUUAAUCAAACCGUACGGCCCAAUCCGGUGUCCAACAUUGCACCACUGGCUGAUUCCAAUAAUAUUACGCUGGAAUGGCCCCGGCCGGAGGGUCGCGUGGAGACCUACAUUAUACAUUGGUGGCCCACGGAGUUCCCGGAUCAGAUUUUCGACAAGAAUGUGUCCGAAGUCAACACAAUUUUCCCAUACCCGGGAAGUUUGGGCGACGACGACAAACUCUCGGAAGAACCACCUACUGUUCGCAUUCUGAUUGGAGAUCUGAUGUCCGGUGUCAUGUACAACUUUAAAAUUCAAACCGUAUCAUAUGAUUUGACGAGUGAUGUUACCAAGCUUCAAACGCGCACAAUGCCGCUUAUCCAAUCCGAGGUGUUGAUCGUCAACAACGUGCAAAUGCGUGAUACAGUUACACUGAGCUACACACCCACUCCGCAGCAGUCAUCCAAAUUCGACCUCUACCGGUUCUCCCUCGGUGAUAUAAACAUUCCAGACAAAGAAAAACUGGCCAACGACACAGACCGAAAGGUUACUUUCACCGGCCUUAUACCCGGUCGAUUGUACAAUAUUACCGUUUGGACAGUCAGUGGAGGCGUUGCAAGUCAACCGAUUCAGCGGCAAGACCGAAUGUAUCCGGAUCCGAUAACCGAACUCAAUGCCAGCAACAUCACUGAUACGGAUAUCAUGUUAAACUGGGACAUACCGAAGGGCGAAUACAAUGCGUUUGAAAUCCAAUACCUCAAAAACGAUUCUCAUUAUGUGCAGAAUUUUACCGUGAACAAUCACAUCACAAUUACCGAUCUUAAGCCGCAUCGUAACUACACAUUCACCGUAGUGGUCCGUUCUGGGACCGAGUCAAGUGUACUGCGGAGCAGUCUUCCAGUAUCCGCCAACUUCCAAACCAAGGAAUCGGUUCCUGGACGAGUAGAUAAGUUCGCACCCAUUGAUAUACAACCUAGUGAAAUUAUGUUCGAAUGGUCUCUUCCGUCGAACGAACAAAACGGAAUAAUCAGACAGUUCACCAUCACUUACGGGCUGGAUGGGUCACAACACACUCAAGCAAAAGACUUUAAACCUUCGGAAUUACGUGGAACAAUCAAAACGUUACUGCCAGGAAAAACUUACAUUUUCCGCAUUCAGGCAAGAACCGCCAUUGGGUACGGCCCAGAACAAAUGUGGAAGCAGAAGAUGCCUAUUUUGGCUCCACCGAAACCGGAAACGCAGGUCGUCCCAACCGAAGUCGGUAGCAGUGCAACCACCAUCGAGAUCCGCUUCCGAAAGCAUUAUUUCAGCGACCAAAAUGGAGUGGUUACCACCUACACCAUCAUCAUAGCCGAGGACGAUAGCAAGAACGCAUCGGGCCUGGAGAUGCCCAGUUGGUACGAUGUGCAAUCGUACAGUGUGUGGCCUCCGUAUCAGGUGAUUGAACCGUACUACCCCUUCAAGAAUAGUUCGGUAGAGGACUUUACCAUCGGUACGGAGAAUUGCGACACUCGGAAGUCGGGGUACUGCAACGGGCCGCUAAAGUCAGGAACUACAUACAAAGUGAAGGUUAGGGCCUUUACCGCACCGGAUAAAUUCACCGACACGGCAUAUAGCUAUCCCAUUCGAACAGCAGGAUUGCUAUCAGCAAACGCACAAGACAACACAUCAUUGAUCGUUUCGAUAACGGUUCCAUUGUUCAUCAUCUUCCUGCUCGUUGGCACCAUUUUGUUUCUACGCCGGCGACGCCACUCGGGCCGCAAGAAAACCACCGAACAGCGUGCAAAUGACAAUAUGUCUCUACCAGAUAGCACAAUUGAAACAAGCCGUCCAGUACUUGUGAAGAAUUUUGCCGAGCACUAUCGGAUGAUGUCGGCCGAUUCUGAUUUUAGAUUUAGUGAAGAAUUUGAAGAACUGAAACACAUUGGAAGGGACCAACCAUGCACAUUUGCGGACCUACCGUGCAAUAGACCUAAGAAUCGUUUCACCAACAUUUUACCAUAUGACCACUCUAGGUUUAAACUUCAACCCGUGGACGAUGAAGAAGGGUCUGACUAUAUCAACGCAAAUUACGUUCCGGGUCACAAUUCACCACGUGAGUUCAUCGUUACGCAAGGGCCCUUACACUCGACGCGGGACGACUUCUGGCGCAUGUGCUGGGAGAGCAAUUCCCGUGCAAUUGUGAUGCUAACGCGAACCUUCGAAAAAGGUCGUGAAAAAUGUGACCACUACUGGCCACACGAUACCGUACCAGUGUACUACGGUGACAUCAAAGUGACGCUGCUUAAUGACAGUCACUAUCCGGACUGGGUCAUCACGGAGUUCAUGAUGACGAGGGGUGACCAGCAACGUAUCCUCCGCCAUUUCCACUUUACCACGUGGCCAGAUUUCGGUGUGCCAAAUCCUCCUCAAACCCUCGCUCGUUUUGUGCGUGCUUUCCGCGAGCGGGUUGGACCUGAUCAACGCCCGAUCGUGGUGCACUGUAGUGCCGGGGUUGGGCGUUCCGGUACGUUUAUCACACUCGAUAGAAUUCUUCAACAGAUUCAGGUAUCGGACUAUGUCGAUAUCUUCGGUAUUGUCUGGGCUAUGCGAAAAGAACGCGUCUGGAUGGUACAAACCGAGCAACAAUACAUUUGUGUCCAUCAAUGUCUUUUGGUGGUAUUAGAGGGUCAGGAAGGUACCGAGCGUGAAAUUCACGACAACCAAGGUUACGAAGAACCAGGUGAACAAGAUGUUUCUGAAGAAAGACAGCUAAUUGAAUCUGAGGGAGGGAACAUCAAUAACGAAGGCGAACUGAUCAGUGAAUCUAAGGACAACGAACUUGUUGGUAGCACCCUCGGUGAGGAAGAGCAAAGCAAUAAUCUUAAUAACAGUACGACUGACGAUGCCAAAACCGACGCAAAUUAUUGCCAAGAAACAGAAGUGAUAGCCGUUGAAGUACAAGUACCCAAUAGAAAUAGUAGUAACGAACAACUGCAACAGGCAGCCGAAGAUAUAGCUGAUAAGAGUAACAGCAACAGUAAUGACACUAGUCAAGACGGAAGUAGUCGUUUGAUCGAAUCUGUCGAAAUCAAGCCCGAAGGUAUUAACAGUAGCGACCAGCAAUCGAUUGGUUGCAAGUUAUGGAAAGAGGAAAGAUGACAGUUAGAGAACGAUAGCGAUAAUCGGAGCAGUGGUCGAAGCAGCAUCGUUAUCGCUAUCAACGACGACAGUCACGCAAACAGCGCGCACAUCAUUAUUCGAGUUGAUGGUGACGAUGCCGAGGAUAAGAAAGACGACGAAACAGAAAUCGACGUCGGCAUCGACUCCGAUGAAGAGGACGAAGAUGAUUCAAAUGAGCAGCGGGAGCUAUUGUUGCACAAAAACAAUGAGAAGAAUAAUCUCAGCAUGGACGGCGGUAUCGAGCGAAUACGAUACAAGCACCAUUUCGUCGAAGACGAGGAAGAUGAGCAAGACGAUGACAUCAUUGUUAUCGUAGACGAAGAUAAUAAUCUUUGUGGUGGUGGUGUUAAUGAUGAGCUAUAUUUAAAGCUUAGAGAAAUGGAUGACGAAGGAAUCGCAGAGUCAGGAAUGUAGACAAAACAAGAGUAGAUGUCAUUCACCAUGAUCUUCGAAACUUUUUUUUUAUUUCGUUAAGCGGCCAAAUCUCAACAAAAUCUCGUCAUUAGCAAAUCGAUCCUAGACAAGAAAAUAAAAAUUCAAAACCACGUAAAGCAAAAUUGAAAAGCUGUAAAUAGCAAUCAACUUUCGGCUCCUUCUUAGACCUGGUAAAAGAAAAACAAAUGUUAUCAAUGUACUACUGUGUAUUCCACCUUUUAGAUGUUGGUGAACAAAUUUGAAACUGCAUGUGCUAUUAUGUGAUCGGGAAUUAUUUUCUUGAUCCCAUUGGACGGAAAAUCAAAUUAUGAAAAAUAACGAAUCGCAGAAAUUUUUACUGUAUUUAUGCAUGUGCAAUGGACGUAGAAUCCAUUUUUUUAAUUCUUUUUUGUUGUAAAUAAUGUAAGUUGUAUCAUUGCAAUUUUAGUUACACGAUAUUUUAAAAGCAAAACUUACAAUAAAAGAGAAAAGUAUCAUAUCAAUCAAA